AUGCACUUAUUUUUUCUUUUUCAGGAAGAAGUCAUAGCUGGGAAUUAUCUCAGUGCUCUCCUUGAUAUACUUCAUUAUCAAAGUACUAACAUGUGGACAGCGGAUCUGCUUAACAAAAUCCUUGCAUAUGUCCAUGCUCAGAAUAUUGUAAUUACUUCUGCUAAUUUGCAGGUUUCUAUCAAAAAUUACCUGGAGAAUCUCUUAUCCCAUCCCAAAGUGUUGUUGUCAGAGUUUCAGCAGAUGAAUCAUCGGCGUUUUCACACUGCACUGAAAUAUCUCUUUGGUAAAGAGCAGGGCUAUCUGGAAUUGGGAAAUGUUGUUAUCGACCUAGCUGGGAUAAGAGAAAGGAUUUUCCAAAGUCCAGGAGGAAACAGAACCUUGUUCCAUAUUAUUCUGGAGAAAUGCUUUCCAACACUGGAUUCGGCAGAAUGUGUCGGUGCAUUAAGUCAGAUCCUUCGAGAAUCUUCAGUUACUUACCUCCAGGCUUACACCAUAUCAAGCCUCCCAAAACAUCUUCCAGAAGAUGCUUUUCGAAACCUAUCAAUGGUAUUCAAAGACCUAUAUGACAGAAUACCAGCAACUGCACAACGGGCUUUGUAUGGUUGGAUGACACAGAUCCUACAAAGGAACUACAGUGUUGAUGAUUCAGAGAAUUCGUCUUCAUGGGUCAGUGCAGAAAGCCUUUGGAUUCUAGGAAGAUAUAUGAUUCAUCUCCCAGUAGAAACAAUCAGAAAAAUUAAUCCCUAUGAAAUGAGCCUGUACAUCAGCUACGACAAUGCCACAAAGCAGCUUGAUACUGUCUUUGGUAUCACCCCAGAUCAUGCCCACGCUUUCUUGGAAAGAAUAAACGCAUCCGGCUUCGAUAUGAAAAAUACUUCAACUCUCUAUAGAUUAGGUUUGUUGGUUUGUUUUUACAAAGACCUGGAAGAGGUGGAUGCCAAUGUGGCCCGGGUUUUGCUUCACCAAAUGAUUAAAUGUAACCAACUGAGAGGUUUCCAGGCUGACAUUCAGAAGCUCAAAUCCCAGCUUCUUGACAUUGCCAUACAAAACCAGACGCUGAAUGAUACUCUUGGGUCGCUCUCCGAUUCUGUUGUGGGCCUGACCACCAACCAGCUGGAAUCUCUUUCACCGGAGGCUGUGCACAGCACGAUCCCCACAUUAAACCAAGUAUCUGGAUGGUCCAAAAGCCAAAUCAUGAUUUUAUCCAGCAAGUACCUGAUGUAUGAAAAGGCUUUGUCAUUUUAUAAUGUCAGCCAGAUGGGGCCUUUGAUGAUUGGGAUUAGCACUCAGUUGUUUCACAGCAUGAACCCCAGCGAGCUGGCUCAGGUCAUUAGAGGAGCAUUAGUUCAACAAGCAGCUGAUUUGUCACCUGCCCAACGACAAGGCAUCCUCCGGAAGAUGAUUUCCUCCACGGAUUUGUUGUCUGUAAUUGCCGAUCUGCAAGGACCCUUUUUAAAAGAAGUGUCACUUUUUGAUUUGUGGAAGGGAGAAAGUUUCUACUCUUCCCUCGUGAAAGAAAAAGAACUGAGGCCUAGUCAGGCCUUGUAUCUUUAUGAAUUAUUAUCAAAGAAGACUCCUGUUGCUGAGCUCUUAAGCACCGGCCAACUGGUAAAAGGAAUAAGAUGUUGGCAAAUUGAGAAUCUGAGCCCAAUCUCUUUUUUAAACACCUUUAGUGUUUUUGAAAAUAAUCUUGAUUUGCUGUCACCAUAUCAGAUAAAUUGUUUGGCUUGGAAAUUCUGGACAGUCUCCAAUAUGUCGAUGCCUCCCUACCUCUUUGCAGUGCUUCCUGCUGAGUAUCUGGAAUACAUUACCGGAUCCCUCUGUGUCCCCUUUGUGGCCAGCCUGGGAAAGGCUGAAUUAGAUCAUCUCAUUUUCAGUGUGCAGAAGAAACAAGCAAUUAUGCAAAAAGUACAGGAGUGCCUGAAUGGCUCAGUUGCAGAUGAAUAUGACAUUGAUUUGCUUGGGAAACUCAUUUGCCACUUGUCUCCGGCAUUCUUCUGUGAGGGAAUAUCACCAGAGGCAAUGGUAACAGCCCUCCACGAAUUCAAACGUUGCCCCCAUCUCAGUUACGAACAGAAGGUGGACGUUACACAUAUGCUUCAUGAAUUGUACGGUUCCCCUAGAAAUUGGUCGGCUGAAACAACAAGAGACAAUGGACUGUUUGUAGCUCUUUUGCCGAAGGAAGAAUUGAAUAUCCUUGUUGAAAAGUUUCCUGAUAUAAUCUCGGAAAUAGCUUUGAAGACCUCUGGCCCGGUCCCUCCGUCGGAAGAGCUCCUGUUGGCUCAUUUUGAAUCUGUUCGCAAUGCCAGCUUCCCAAUUAGAGCACCCAGCUUAACUCAUGAUUGUGCGGAUGUCACGGCACCUUCCUCGGAUGAGAUUCUAAAACUGUCAGAAGCAAAUAUGUUUUGGUCGGUUCGGGAAUUAAUCUGCAUGGAUUCCGAAACCUUCAGCAAAACCGUGGAACGCCUUGGUUCGGUGGCCCGUUUCAAUGCAUCUCAGCUGAAUGCACUGAAGGAGAAAGCUAAGCAGGUUUGGGGCUCCUUGACAAACUGGAAGAGUUAUCACAUUGUUUCCCUUGGCCGCAUUGCUACAGCGUUAAACGAGACUGAAAUUGGAGCCCUGGACUUGAGUUCAAUUGAUACCGUCGCUGCACUGAGUCAGCAAACGGAAUGGAACCAAGGGCAGGCCAAGUCUAUUUUACACGGCUAUCUGGAAGAUUCGGAACAAACGAUGGAUACUCUGAAAAGCUUUGAUUUGGCAGGAUUGGGUGCUAGUCUUUGCGCACUGGAAGCCACAGAGAUUGCAUCCAUAAAUUCACUUGAAUUCAGUGCUGUAAUUGCAAGAAUCGGUUCUUUGCUGUGUAGCAGAAGCGUCCUAGAAGGAUUUAAAAAGAAGGCAGAAUCUGUGUUUGGAAUGGCUGUAGGAUGGAACAGAUCUAUCCUGCAGGAGGUUGGUACCAUUGCAGCUGGUUUAAAUGACAAAGAAUUAAAAGCUGUCAAUAAAGAGCUGAUGCCCUAUUUCCAUCCAACAGCAAUAAAAUGUAUCCCUGAUGAAAUUUUCAAAGAGUUGUCUCCAGAGCAAAUAGCAAACCUCGGCCCUGAAAACGCAGCUGUGGUGACAGAAUCUCAGCGUCAACACCUGAAUGAGCUGCAGCUUCGGAGUCUUCAGCUAGCACUAGAUGGAGCCAGAAUGAACUUCGAAGAAUCUCCCCUUGAUCAAAGUACAGUUAGACCAAUGUACACAUCAGCCCUCAACAGUGCACCCUCUAGAUUCAGUCUCUGUCUGCUUGCUGCAUUCAUUCUACAUCUUGUUUCCCGAAUCAAUGACAGCUGUUAGAGUUUAUGUCCCAUUGAUAUAGAUAUUUUAGAUGACACAGGAGGAGCUGAGCUGUCCAAGAAACACAGUGAAUCCCGGGAAUGCACUCAAGUGGUAUUUCUUAGCUGCUUAACAGCCACUGCUGCAAGAUGGAUGGAGUGAUGAUCACUAUGAGGCUUUGAAAAAGCGCAAAAUAGGCUUAUGUUUAAAUCUUUAAAAUCUGUCAUGGUGAACUUUGAAGUGUGCAUGCUCUUCAUUAAUAUUUCUAUAGCCUAGCCAUCAAGAAGAGCCUAGUUAAAAUGCAGGGAACUUUGUUGGUCAUAUGAUUUUUUUCUUCCCAGGAAUAGGUCUUUUGUAAAGCUAAUGGGUCUUAAUUACGCCUUCAAAACAAAGGCAUCCCCAGAUUUUUUGUGUUACAGUGGAAAUAGCUCACGUCAUUAUUGACAUACCUUAAUGUGUGAAUCUAGAUACCUCUUAUAUUUCUACAGAUGGAGAUAGAGACUGUGGCCAUUUGUUCAGAAUGUUAGGAAUUUGAAUUUAGACGCCCUUUCCCAAUGGCUUUGCAGUCCUCUGCACAGUCACAAUUCUCAUAGUUAACAAUAACGUCUCUGCAAUUAUGUGUCAUCAUGUACAUUUCCUCCAUGCAUUGGGGGAAGCAUUAAAACAUAAUUCUCCCGACUGCAAUUUCAGUGGCACAGUUCAAGAACACACAAUGCCAGUUUUAAUUGGCCCUCACUUUUCUAUUAAAAGCCAGAAAAUAAGCUUUGAUGUUAUGGUGACCUAUAACUGGGUUUAAAUGUUUUUGUAUAUAUGCCAUAUAUUUUCAAUUGCAGGUCACUUUAAUAUUAUAAUAUUAUAUCCUGGCUUUUAAUAGAAAAGCAAAGGCCAAUUCUCCAGUAAUAGUUUUAGUUCUAAACUAUGCAAAUCUUGCUAACAUAUUUGGUGGCUAU